AUGCGAUCGCACGGGCUGAUGGGCCAAUUGUCCACCACCACUACCAUAGGUAGGACGGGGGAGAAGGGAAGAUGGGGAUGUCCUCCCUCUUCUCCUCAGCCUCCUCCUCCCUCUCCUACCCAUGGGAGUGGUGGUGGACAACUAGCCCAUCACGGGCUUGCGCGCCUGGGUUUGCCCCUCCUCCGCGUCCUUCGGGAAGUCGCGCACCAGAGGUCGUUCCUGCCUCGGGUCAAUUUUGCGAGCGGCCGAAGGUGGAACUACAUCAACCUCGCCGCGUACGUCUUGAACUUCAUCAUCACUUACGCCUCCCUCGCUGGCCUAUUCGGCGAGACCAACCAGGUGCUCAGCAAGAAAUACCAGACCCUCGUGACGCCCGCGGGCUGGGCCUUCAGCAUCUGGGGGCCUCUCUUCAUCUGGGAGGGCGUCUUCGCGGCUUGUCAAAUGCUCCCGCGCUUCCGGGGCAGCGACGUGGUGCACCUCGCGUCCCCGUGGUGGUGGGGCGCCUGCGCGUGCCAGUGCGCCUGGACGUUCGCCUUCGCGCAGGAGGCCAUCCUCCUGUCGCUGCUGCUGAUGCUCGGCAUCCUGGCCUGUCUGACGGUCAUCCUCGUGCGCACCGACCGUCUGCAGCUCCCUUGGGCCGACUACCUCUGCCUGCGCGCGCCCUUCUGCCUCCACCUCGGAUGGAUCAUCUGCGCCAGCGCGGUCAACUUCAACGUGCAGUUCGACGCGGCAAGGGCGAGCCCGGAGGUCCUGCUGGCAGCCGCCGUGCUGUCUUUCGUUGCCAUCGUGCUAGUCAACGCUAUUCUGGUGAUCACCGCUGAGCACCCUGGCCCCAUCCCGUCCCUCGUGGCGGCCUGGGCGUUCGCGGCCGUGGCCUCGGAGCUCGGCAGGGGCGACAACCUGCGGAGCCCAGACCGCCACAACCCCCACGCGUGGCCCGACCUGGUGCUGGGCGGCCUCGGGAGCGCGGCCACUGGGGCCGCCUGGGGGGCCGUCGCGCUGGCCGCGGCCGCCCUCGCCCUCUCUGCGCUGAAGGCUUACCAGCGCAGCAAGCGAGACGUCGCCUGA